AUGGCUCUUACUAACUUCUUCCAGGACUUUUCUACCUAUAUCGACUGGAUAUUGUUUUCCCUUUGCUUUGGCUUCGUCCUGUGCUUUGGAUCUUUAACUUUCGUAAUUGUUCAUUGUAUCGUGCAGGUGGUCCAGGCAGCCGUGGCUUUCUACCUAUUCGACAUCCUUUAUUACUUCAUCUACGAGGAGACAAGUACAGAGUUCUUCGCCGAGCUCAUCUCCCAUAUCCUCUCCGCACGUUUUGAGCUCAAGAGCUUUAUUCUACUCCUGUGCCUACUAUUCACCAUCCAUCACUCUAUUAAGGAGAUUGCAUCUGUCCUCUGCGAAAGGCUUCUCGCGCCAAACACAACCAUCAUUCUAGAUUGUCCCAAGCAUCCCAUGCAGAGCCCCCAGCUCCCCCAGCUCCCCCAGAUCGAUGAUGAGAUGGCCCGCAUUCAUCCCCUUAAGUGGAAGAACCCUUCUACAUCUACUAACUCUGACACCUCCAAUGAUUCUGACUCUGUACCCACUUCAGUAUUCUUCCCGUCUUCUUCGAAUCGUCAUAUGCGCCAUCCUUGGGGUGUGCUCGAUUAUCACAUGUACCUCUCACACAUCGAAAGCAAACGCGACGAACUCCGUCGCAAGAAAGAGUGCCACCUCCUAGAGACCACUGGCUUCAGACAAGUCACCCUACACGACGAGCCGGAGCUCCACAAUAUCCGAGCCAGCACAAACCCCACAGUAGUCUUUGUGAGUCUUCCCGUCCCCGACAUGCAGGACGACUGUAGCAACGCCAAGUUGGUGCUCGGCUUCGAUCUGAAGUCCGACCACCUGCACGGUUAUUUCUUCGAGUCCGGUUUUCCGAUUGAGAACUACGAGGACCUCUGGCAGGCCUGGAAUCAGGGUGGAGGCGAGCUUGUUGUUGAUAUUUCUGUCGAGCGUUUCCUGAGUGUUAUUCGCCAUACUAUGCAGCAGCAGAUUGAGAUCCUCGAGAUUGGCAUCCUGCACCACUAUGGUCUGACUACGCGUGUGUUCCAGGCUGGCCUGGAUAUGGUUAUUGCUGUGCAGUUCUUGCAGUUCGUGGAUGACUUCGCUGAGCUUCUUACUGAGGAGACUUAUGAGCUUCGUGGACUUUAUUUGCCUUUCCAGGAUGAACUGCGGAAUUUACUUGAGGGUGGCUCCCGGGAUGCUUGGUUUGCUGUUCGUGAUGGACUUGAUAUCCAGCAGUAUCGUCAGAAGCAGUUGAAGAAGGUUGUUGCUUCCGGUUUGUUCCAUGGACAGAAUGCGGCCGUGCUGCGAGAGGGGCCUGAGAAGAAUUCCCAAAAGGAGAAGACGUCUCGUCGCGUUAAGAUUAUUCCACGUCACUCGUCUCCAUGGUCAUGGUCGAAGCUACAGAUGCAGGUCUUGGUGAGUGCUCUUUUCAUUCUGUGUUUCUGUUCUGUCUUCCAGCGCGAGCGGGUUAUGUGUGUGGGGAUGUUUUGA